AUGCAGGAGUAUGAUAUUAUUGUUUUGGGGACUGGGCCUAAGGAAUGUAUUCUUUCAGGCCUCUUGUCAGUAAGCGGGAAGAAAAUUCUUCACAUUGACCGCAAUCCAUACUAUGGAGGGGAAAGUGCCUCACUCUCUCCCCUGGACCAGCUCUAUAAAAAGUUCCAGGUCACAGGUCCUCCCAAGUCUAUGGGCCGGGGGAAAGACUGGAAUGUUGACCUUAUUCCCAAAUUAUCACUGGCUAAUGGUCAACUGGUGAAGAUGCUUAUGUACUCAGAGGUGACCCGCUAUGUGGACUUCAAGGUGGUGGAGGGAAAUUAUGUGUUCCGGGGUGGAAAGGUUCACAAAGUCCCAUCAACUGAGGCAGAGGCCAUGGCUUCAGAUCUGAUGGGGAUGUUUGACAAACGCAGGUUCCGUAAGCUUCUGCAGUUCAUUCAGAACUUUGAAGAGGGCGACCGGCGAACCCACCAUGAGAUCGACCCCAGCAGGACCACGAUGCAGGAGGUGUUCCGCCACUUCGACCUGGGCCAGGAUGUCAUAGAAUUCAUGGGGCAUGCCAUGGCACUGCAACAAACUAAUGGCUACCUGGACCAGCCCUGCAUCAACACCAUCCGAAGAAUCCGAUUGUACAGCGACUCUUUGGCUCGCUGCAAUCACAGCCCCUUCCUCUACCCUGUGUAUGGCCUGGGAGAACUACCGCAGGGCUAUGCCAGGCUUCAGAGUGCAGGGCAUGGUGCUACGUACAAGAUGAAUCGACAGGUGGAUGACAUUUUCAUGGAGGAUGGAAAAGUUGUUGGGAUCAAAUCUGGAAAGGAUAUAUUUCGCUGUAAGCAGCUCAUCUCUGACCCCAGCUACAUGCCCAAUCGUGUGAAAAGAGUGGGCCGGGUCAUACGUGUCAUCUGCCUGCUAAACCAUCCCAUCAAGAACACACAUGAUGCCAGCUCUCACAUCGUCAUCCCUCAAUCACAGGUCAAUCGCAAGUCAGAUAUCUACAUCUGCAUGCUCUCCUACUCGCACAGCGUUACAGCUGAAGGAAAGUAUAUUGCUGUGGUCAGCACUACGGUGGAAACUAGUAACCCUGAAAAGGAAGUCCAACCAGGACUGGCCCUGUUGGAGCCCAUCCAGCAAAAAUUUGUCUCCAUCUCUAACUUCAUGGCUCCAAUAGAUGAUGGGAGGCGGAGUCAGAUCUUUGUCUCUCGCUCCUAUGAUGCAACAGCACACUUCGACACAGAGUGUGAUGACAUCAAGGACAUGUACCACCGCAUCACAGGGAAAGACUUCACCACGGCAGACUUACAGAGAGACCAGUUUGAUGAUGAAAAUGACAACUAGAUGGCUGGCUGACAUUGUGGAUUCCGGGAAGAAUGUUAGCUUUUUUAAUACCUUGGGUGUGCAUAGCUGUUUCUUGUUUUGUUUAUCUCAAAAAGGCUCUUUUAACAUCUGAUCUGCCCUUUUUAAAUAUCAUUAUCACUAGUCAUUUAACACUAUCCAC